GAUUUAGGGAGGUGUCCAACGCCUCAAAUGGCAAGAAAAUGGGAGGCUCCGAACGCCUCGAACUGGAAUUGUGGAUUCAGCUGCUCUUUAUUAUGACCUUGCAAGAUGUCUUUGUAGUGCUGGAAGGUGCCAAGAAGCACUAAUGCAGAUAGAGAAGAUAUGUACGGUGGCAAACAAGCCUUUGGUGGUAACUUAUACUGGAUUAAUUCAAGCUUGUUUGGACUCUGGGAACAUUGAAAAUGCUGCUGAGAUAUUCAACCAAAUGAAGGAUUUCCUUGCAAAAUAAUGCUGAAAGCUUAUCUGGAAAAUGGUUUCUUUGAGGAAGCAAAGAAGCUCUUCCAGCAGAUGUCUGAAGAUAGCAGCCAUCAUAGCCGGGAAACUGAUAACAGGGAUCUACUGGUACCAGAUGUCUACACAUUCAACACCAUGUUAGGUGCAUGCAUUGUGGAGAAGAGAUGGGAUGACCUUGAGCAUGUAUAUAAAACAAUGCUGCAGCAUGGAUUCCAUUUCAAUGCAAAACGCCGUGUCCGAAUGAUAUUGGAUGCUUCAAGAGCUGGAAGGGUAGAGCUACUGGAAACAACUUGGAAGCACCUUGCACAGGCGAACCAGGUACCCCCACCUCCUCUCAUCAAGUAAACUUCCAUCUAAAAUAAGAAUCCUCUGUCAUUUGCUUCCACAUAAUUGGACUGCAAGAUGCCCGCAAUGAGACCAUCACCAAAUCCUCUUAUAUGGGGAUAAACUUCACCUGCAGGUUAGGAAGCACAAAAAUGCACCCCAUGUGCAUUUCUAAGUCUUUGAAGCACCCCAAAAUUGGUAUGAAAUGUUUCGAGGAAAAUUAAAAAAAUUUGAAACACAUUUUAUAAAAAGAAAUUAUUUUUUUUAUUUUUUAAUCUAUUUCAUGUUUACUCUCAAUUUCAAACCUUAACUCUGAUUUCAUUUCCUCUUCUCUUCGGCAUAUGAAGCUUCCCUCCUCUCCAGCGCGUUUAAACUCAUCUCCUAUCUAUUUCCAACUUUGCCAACUAUCAGUGAAUAUUUGAAAAAUUGGUUUUAUCAGGAUAUAUACUGUUUAUUUGGUUGUUGGUUAAUACGCCAAGUUUGUUGAGUGUAUACCUUACUGUAACUAAAAAGUUAUUGUAUUUUUUCUAUUUUUUAA